CGUAUUUGUUUUCAUAGUAAAGCACUCACUUUGACCUCCAUGCAGAUCUAGCUAGAUAGUAGCCAAUCCACACCAUUCAAUCGUCGUCCUUUGCCAAGAAUAAGCAAGGAAACGGUGUGAUAGAACCAUGGCAGACUGCCAGGAACCAGAUCCCAAGAAGCAGAAGCUGGCUCCUCCUACAACUUUUCUUGUGCUCUUGACCCAACAUGAAAUAUGGAUCAACAACAUCUUUUCUUUUCUUGGUGUGGGACACUAUAUCUUUGUGGCCAGUGUCAACAAAGCAAUGCAAGAACUGUACAAGAAAUACUGUGAUUGUGUCAAUUCUAAGUAUCAUCGCAGGAGGACACUACGAGUCUACUAUCCGUACUACAGCUCCCACUAUGUCAAUGCCUUUUGCAAUGCUUCUUGUUUUGAGUUCUGGUACAGAGAUCAAGCCUGCACAAUGAGCACUGAAGACAAAAGGAUUUGUGUGAUAGCUGCACAAUUUGGGGGUCCUCCAGCCUUCAAUGGGCCAGAGAGAAAGGAUUUGAAUGGGAUGAGGACACCUUUGAUGUUGCAGUAGAGAAAGGAGAUGACGAAAUGAUGGAUUAUCUAGUUGAUCAUGAAUGUCCCUGGAGUGAAAUCACCUGUGAAGAAGCUGCAAAGAAGGGGGAUCUGGAUACCCUGAAGUGGCUUCAUGAGAAUGGCUGCCCCUGGGACAAAAGGACAAUUUUGGUUGCUGCCCGUUAUCAGCAUAUGAAUGUGUUGAAAUAUGCUCAUAAGAAUGGCUGUGAAUGGCAUGAAGAGACAGUGAGACUUGCAGCUGAGAAUGGGCAUAUGGAAUUGCUGAGAUAUGCUCAUGAAAAAGGGUGCCCCUUGGGGAUGACGGGCUGCUCAGUUGCUGCGGCUUGUGGGCAUUUGGAUGUCAUCAUAUGGCUUCUUCUUCAUGGCUGUCCAUGGGAGUGUCUAUUUGAAGGCAAGGCCUGCACUGCUGCUGCAAGAAAUGGGCACUUGGAAGUGCUCAAAUGGUUGGAAGAGAAUGGGUGUCCACCAAUGACCUGGGAUAACAACACUUGCAGAGAUGCUGCUUCUGGUGGUCAUUUGGAUGUACUGAAGUAUGCUACUGAGUGUGGGAUUCUGUGGCAUACUGAAGGAGACAUUUGUCUGGAGGCUGCCACUAAUGGGCAUCUGGGGACUUUUAAGUUUGCUAGCGAACAAAAAGGCUUCACAUGGAGCAAAAAAAAUUGCUCAGAGGCUGCAGCCAAGGGCCAUUUGGAAGUUGUAAAAUUGGCCCAUGAGAAUGGCUGUCCAUGGGAUCAUUUCAUUUGUUCCAGUGCAGCCUUAUAUGGACAUCUCAAUGUGCUGAAGUAUGCCCAUGAAAAGGGUUGCCAAUGGGACAGUUCCACUUGCCAAUUUGCAGCUGGAUUUGGAUAUUUGGACAUUCUGAAGUAUGCUCACGAGAAUGGCUGUCCAUGGGACAAAUGGACUUGCCAUGAUGCUGCUAGAUCUGGGCACUUGGAAGCUCUCAAAUAUGCUCAUGAGAAUGGUUGCCCAUUGCCCCUCAAGGCAGACACUUGCAGUUCGGCAGCUAUGCAGGGCUGUUUAAACAUUGUCCAGUAUUGAUGUGAGCAUGGAUGUCCAUGGGAUGAGCAUACAUGCUCCAAUGCUGCAAAAUAUGGCCACAUGGCUCUUUUGAAAUAUGCACAUGAGAAUGGCUGUCCCUGGGAUGAAUGCACAUGCAGCUAUGCUGCUGAGGGUGGCUAUUUAAACAUUGUCAAGUAUGCCCAUGAGAAUGGAUGUCCCUGGAAUGAAGACACAUGCUGCAUGGCUGCUGUGGGUAGCAAUUUGAAAAUUCUCAAGUAUGCGCGUGCAAAUGGCUGUCCAUGGGAUAGAAGAACACUCAGACUUGGUUGUCAUGAUGAUGAAUUGUUGAAAUGGGCCAAGGAAAAUGGCUGCCCUUCCUAGUGGGGGUAGCCAUUGGCACAACCGGCAUGCUUGUUGGAGGUUGGGAUUCGAAACCAGAAGGGGGAAAGCAACCGAAUGAAAGAACCGAAUGAAAGCACCGAUCAAAGCAGUGCCUAUUUGUACGACCCAUCAAUGAAAGCAUCGUUUGUGCAUCUCUCCCUGCACCCCCUCCUCACCAUAGCUCCUCUAAGCAAUAGUAACCACCCACACACAUCAAUGAAAGCACCAAUCCAAGCAGUGCCUACUCGUACGACUCAUCAAGCCUUCCUGGAUGCGAGAACCAAUGCUG